AUGUCAGUGCAGCACUGCACGCCGCCGAAGCAGAAGCAUAUCAUGUUUUCCGAGACAACUGUAUACCACCUCCCCAGCCGCGACGGGUGCUCUGGACUCUGGAACAUGACCCCGAUCUACCAUGCCGCGCUCAGCCAGACGAACAGGAAAUUGCAGAUCGAAUGGUGGCAAGUGAGAACAGACUCUGUUUGGAACUUCGAUCCCUUGAUUGCUCUCACCGCCAGGCCUUCCAUGACUGGGACGCUGAAUGUGCCGGACCAGGCUCAAGCUCAGGCACGCGUUGUAGGCUUUGCCUCCAGAACGCAGCUGUUUGCGUACAUCUGUUUCAGCCUUCGCAUCCUGACACGCCCCUGGGCCUAUGCCGAGCCGACGAAGCCGGUCAGCUUCUCAAAGAAGGACGCCGCGAGCAAGGAUACGCUCUUGCAGAUGGCGCAGGAGUCGGAUCAGCGAGCUUCGGUCGAGCUCUGUGUUCUCCCGGAAGGUAUUCAGCGAAGGCUCCACGUUGUCAACAACUUUGUCAUGGCAGUUGGCACCGAUGCUUCAACGAAGCUGGAUCUUUGUGUCUCCAUCGCUACGCAGGUGGGUUGCAGGAUAUCAACUUCCACGAUCUGCGACGACAAACCGCCGAGUCCCACUGCCUGUGAAGACCUGGCACGACUGGUUCAGGAAGCCAGAAGCCCACAGAGGCUCGGAAACAAAGGGCUGACAAAGGCGGCCUACGAUUACCACUAUAGAUCGACGCUGCGAGGCUGGUGUGUGAACGUGGCCCGAAACGCUCGUGGAAGAGACCGCAAGAAGGGCCGGCAGUCCGAUAUAAAUACGGACCAUCUGCUAGACCUCGUAUUUGAGCAGGGUGGCUUGUGCGCAUAUUCUGGUGUACCGAUGGAAAUCUUAAAGCCGCAUUCACACUGGAGGGCUUCCAUCGAAAGGAUCGACAACCGACGAGGUUACGUUAAAGGGAACUACUGUCUGAUUGCAGCUGAAUUCAAUUCAGCGGUCCACAAGAUCUGCAACGAGGAGGGCUCUUCUUGUGGAUCUUCGCAGUGGUCCAAGCAGAAGGUCCAGGAGGUGAUCCGUGUUCGAGAAGAGCAGUAUCAUCCAGGCGAUUUCGAGGACCAGAUGCAGGACGCAGGUGGCUGUGCGGGCGGUGCGGCGCUUGGAAGCAGCAGUCGCAAUUCUCUCGGAAUUCUGCAAGCAGAAAUGGGCUACAAAGCCAUUGCAGGCCCUUCCGAUUGGGUCUGGUCCAUCGAGCGCUUGGACAACUCUUCGACGUAUACCAAAGACAACUGCGUUUUGAUUGCCCAAGAGUUUCAGACAUCUGACCACAGUCGCAACAAGGUGGGGAAGCUUCGGGACUCGGAGCUAUGGAGCGAGGUACAAAAGGGCUUCAAGCUUUUUGGCCUCCCGGAAUCUGCGGCCACCACGGCUGCGCGAUGGCGUCCAGAUCUGCAAGGCCGCUCGAACUACUUCGCGGAGGUGGAAAGCCUGGUGGCACCAGAGUUAUCCGCGCUUUGCGUGGCUCACCCCUGGGCCUUCGCGGUGGGCGAGGCCGCCGGCCUCUCGAACCCCUGGCCCGGUCGAGGCCACAACGCUGCUUUGCGGAGUGCCUUAGCCCUUUCGCUGCACCUCCGAGCCACUGCGCAGGCUAUUCGCGCUGGAUAUCCUGUGGACAAUGCCUUUUUCCGUGAGUUUGGAGAGCGGAUGUCUCGAAUCCAUUCGCAGGAGGAGGGCACCCACCGCAGGCAGUGCCAAGCGGCGCAAACCGCGUCGAAAAGUUGGAGCCUGGGCACGUGCAUCGAUGACGCAAAGCAGGACGAGGAGGGCGGCAGCCGCGCCAGCUUAGAAGGAUCCUUCCUGCAGACUGUGAAGAAGAGCUGGAACCGACUGUCCGAGGUGCAGCCGAUCGCGGUGGAUUCGCAGCCGCUGGAUGCGGAGGCGCUGUGUGACAGGAUCCGCGCGAUGCAGCUGGAGGAGAGCACUCUGAAGCUGUUUCGUGCCUCGGGCGCGUGGUUUUUCGAACCCCCCACGGCCACCGAAAGGCCGGGGCAGCGAAAGGGCGAGGCGGCGAAAGCUCCCGAGGAGGAGGAUGAGGAGAAGCUUAUGGAGCUGGAGGCCAAGUCUCGCAGCGACUACAACCUCGGCGUGCGCCUUCUCAAGGGGAAGGGCGUGAAGCAAGACGAAGUUGAGGCGGCUCGGUGCUUCCGAGAGGCUGCCGACCUGGGUCAUCUCAAGGCCUCCUACGCCCUGGGGGUGAUGUUGCUGAACGGGCAAGGUGUGGGCAAGGACGAAGUGCUCGCGGGAGCCUACCUGAAGCAAGCGGCACAGGCCGGCGACCCGAAAGCCAUGUACAACUUGUCCCUGAUGUACCAGAACGCCAUAGGUGUCAAGCGGGAUCUCGAUGUUGCGAAGGAGUGGAUGGAGCAAGCGGCGAAGCGAGGUUGUGGUAGUUUGCCCUGGAGCCUAGGCGAUGUGGGUAGCAACCUGGAACAGCUCCAGACCAGUCAGCGGCUACAAGCUCCGCAGGUAGAUCCCGCAACCCUGCAAGUCCAAUCCAGCAUCCUAGGUGCAUUGUGCCUCAACUGUGAGAGUUCCAUGCUUGUGAGGUUUCGGUUGGGAAGUAUGUACUACGAGGGCGAGAAGUUUGCUCCAGACAAGGCUUGCCGGCUGGUUGGGCAACCCAAAAUCUUCCACUGGCG